AUGGCAUUCCCAGCGCCGGCCCGCCCGCGCCGCGCCGUCGUCUGCUUCGCCUCUCUCUUCAUCCUUACCACGAUCUUCCUCGCCGCCACCCGCAUGGCCUCCUCCCUCGAGUUCGCCCUUCGCCGCCGUCCCACGACCCAGGAGGCCCCGAAGCGCUCCCCUGCCGACGCACCCAUGUCCUACGGCUCCGCCGCCAGGCCGGCUUUCACCGACCUAUCGGUCCAGAUCGCCACCUUGCCCGAGCAACACCUGCCCUCGCGCGCGAACCCGGGCCACCGCCUCGUCAUCGUCGGCGACGUCCACGGCAUGCGCGCCUCGCUCGACAAGUUGCUCGAGGAGCUGCGCUUCGACACCUCGCGCGGCGACCACCUCGUGCUCGCCGGCGACAUGAUCAACAAGGGCCCCGACUCGAGGGGCGUCAUCGACCUCGCCAUGCGUCUCGGCGCCUCCGCCGUCCGGGGAAACCACGAGGACCGCGUGCUGCUGGCCCACCGCAGCAUGCAGACGACGCACGUCGCCGAUGAGGACGCCCACGGGAAUCCCGUCACCAAGAGGGAGGAGGGAGCCGAGGCAGAGGAGCACAAGACGGAAGAACCCAAGACGGAAGAGCCCAAGACGGAAGAACCCAAGACGGAAGACCCGAAGCCAGAAGAUCACAAGACAGAGGAUCCCGAGAAGGAAGACCCGAAGAAAGAAGACCCGACACCCGAACCUGAGUCUGCCGACGACAAAGCCGCCGCCACCGCCCCCGAGGCCCCCGAGGAGCCCGAAGAGCCCGAGCAGGACGACCUCGAGCCCACCAUCUUCCCCCACGGCGACUCCCGCGAGCGCGCCACCGCCCGCGCCCUCUCGCGCAAGCACCGCGACUGGCUCUCCACCCUCCCCGUGAUCCUGGACGUCGGCUCCGUCGAGGGCCUCGGCAACCUCGUCGUCGUCCACGCCGGCCUCGUCCCCGGCCUCCCCUUGCGCCAGCAGGACCCGUGGGCCGUCAUGAACAUGCGCGGCCUCGUCUACCCGCGCGAGGAGCUCCGCCGCCAAGAGGCCCGCCGCGUUCUCGAGGACUACCGCAAGAUCCACACCGCCGCCCCCGACGUCACCGAGACCAUGGUCGAGCGCGAGCACGAGCGCCGCCGCAAGCCCGGCGACCGCGGCCUCGCCAUCCCCACCGACCGCCACGACGGCGCGAGCUCCUGGCCCCGCGCCUGGAACGCCCUCCAGCGGGGCCUGCCCGAGGCCGAGCCCCGCACCGCCGUCGCCUACGGCCACGACUCCAAGAGGGGCCUCAGCAUCGACAAGUACACCUUCGGCCUCGACUCGGGCUGCGUCAACGGCGGCGAGCUCAGCGCGCUCGUCAUCGAGGCCACGGCCGAGGGCGUCACGCACGCCGUCAAGAGCGUCAAGUGCGACAAGGACGGGGCCAAGGGGAGGAAGAAGCACAAGAAGAGCGAGAAGAAGAAGAAGGAGACGACGGCGGACGAGGAGGCUCAGUCAUAG